CACACAACUACAGGAGGAGGAGGCAGAAAGAGUCGCAGGUCCCACAGGAGGCAGACAGACAGACAGACAGACAGACUGAGAGCACAGAUCAGGGAUCUUCAUGCGCUUCAUCUUCCUCACCGCGACCCCGACACCAUGCGCCUUCUACACCAUCUACACACCUCCUGAACUCCUCCUGAAGCUCCUGAACUCCUCCUGAAGCUCCUCCUGAACUCCUCCUGAAGCUCCUCCUGAACUCCUCCUGAAGCUCCUGAACUCCUCCUGAAGCUCCUGAACACCUCCUGAACUCCUCCUGAAGCUCCACCUGGACCUCCUGCACAUGAGGGAACUUUGCAUUUUAAUCCGCUUCUGACACCUGAACUCAAACUUCCGGCUCUGUGUGUGUGUGUGUGUGUGUGUGUGUGUGUGUUCCUCUCACUCCUCAUCAUGAGCCGCAGGUCUCGCCGCUGGAUUUUCCGCAUUUUCCUCUGUCUCGGAAUAAUUUACCUGAAGAUCGGAGGGUUCUCGUCAGUGAUCGCUCUGGGAGCCAGCAUCAUCUGCAACAAAAUCCCAGGGCUCGCACCACGCCAGAGGAUCAUCUGCCAGAGUCGACCGGACGCCAUCAUCGUUAUCGGAGAAGGAGCACAAAUGGGCAUCAACGAGUGUCAGUUUCAGUUCAGGAACGGACGGUGGAACUGUUCCGCCCUCGGCGAGAGAACUGUCUUCGGAAAAGAGCUGAAAGUGGGCAGUAAAGAAGCCGCAUUCACGUACGCCAUCAUCGCAGCGGGUGUGGCCCACGCCAUCACAGCGGCGUGCACGCAGGGGAACCUGAGCGAGUGCAGCUGUGAUAAGGAAAAGCAGGGGUUCCACGGCCGAGCGGACGGAUGGAAGUGGGGUGGCUGCUCGGCCGAUAUCCGCUACGGCCUCGGCUUCUCCAAGGUGUUCAUGGAUGCUCGGGAGAUCAAACAGAGCGCCAGGACGCUCAUGAACCUGCAUAACAACGAGGUGGGACGUAAGGUCCUGGAGCGGAACAUGCAUCUGGAGUGUAAAUGUCACGGCGUGUCGGGUUCCUGCACUACCAAAACAUGUUGGAUGACUCUGCCGAAGUUCCGUGAGCUGGGCUACAUCCUCAAGGACAAGUACCUGCAGGCGGUGCACGUGGAGCCGGUCAAAGCCAGCCGCAACAAGCGUCCCACCUUCCUGAAGAUCAAGAAGCCGUUCUCUUACCGCAAACCCAUGGACACGGACCUGGUGUACAUUGAGAAGUCGCCGAGCUACUGCGAGCCGGACCCUGUGACGGGCAGCGUGGGGACGCACGGGCGGAUCUGCAACAAGACGAUCACGCACCACUCCAACAGCUGCGACCUGAUGUGCUGUGGGCGGGGCUACAACACGCACCAGUACUCGCGAGUGUGGCAGUGCAACUGCAAGUUCCUGUGGUGCUGCUACGUCAAGUGCAACACCUGCAGCGAGAGGACAGAGGUGUACACGUGCAAGUGAACGAAGGCGUGUCGCGUCACGUCCAAUGCUUGGAUGGUGUUUUUUUUAGCAGUGAACAUUUUUGUUGUUGAUGUUGAUGUCUUUUUGCACAAAUUAACCACUGGAUGACUUUAUGAUCACUUCUUGGACUGAACGCAGUCCGUCCUGGGGCGUUCCGAGUGCUCCGUCGGGUUUGUUGACCUCAUGAGGCCCCACGGCGUCCAGGCAAGUCUGGAGCUGUCUGAAAUGUGUUUAACACUCCACUUUUAGACUUGUCUCCACCCUCGAUUGAUGAUAAUGAGCGUGUACACGCUAAGCACGCUGACAAUUUGUUUAAAGAAAUGAUUUUUAUUUAUUUAUGAAGCUACUGUCAUUCGUCUUGGCUUGUGGUAUGAAAUAGCGGAUGUUAGUAGUGAGAGCUGAUUCACUUCACAAUGGGAGCUGAAAAUACUACUGACAUACUACUGAAAUACUACUGACAUGCUGGAUUUUUCUUUGUAGCAACAGCAUGCCUUCUUAAAAAUAAUCUCUGCUCUGUUUUGCUGCUAGUCUGGAUUAUCACGCACGGUGCGAUAGUGGAAUAACUCCUGAUUAAAACCUCGACUGUUUUAUUAUUUUUUUAAAAUCGCAGUAGUGAUUAAACCCCAGACAAACUGAACUUUACACUGAGAGUAUAUUUUGUGAAAAGAGUAUUUGUAUUUUUAUAUGAAUGUUUUAUUUAUACUGUUGUUUUCUCCUGUUCGUAGUGCACACUGUCUAUCAGUCCGCUCUGUGGAAUUAUGGGUGACUUUUACACGGUUCUGCUCUCAGAUGUUAGCGCCAUUAAAAUCAACCUCAUGCAUUCCA